AAAAAAUAGCAAUGCACUCAUUAGAGUAGUGCGAGACUUUUUUCAGAUAUCGUUUCUGUGCGAGCACAUUUUAUGUUUUUUAUUUUUAAGCAUUUGAUCUGUAUUGAAUGUCUGAUAGGAUUUUUUUGAGGUUAGUAAUAAUCAUCUUUUCAGAUUUUGUUGAGGCACCUUUACCAGUCUACUUUGAUUUCUCAUCAUCGCAUUAAUCACAAAAACGAUGGGGGAUGUGGAAAAGUGGUAUAAAAAGGGGGAAAACACUUCUCAAUCUUGCUACAAUGGCAACAUGACUCUUUAGUGGUGGAUUUCCUCCAUUUCCAGUUGUUUUUCUCUGAUUUUUUGCAGAUCUGACAAUAAGGGCCCUCUUAAAUUGAAUCACAAUAGUUUACAGAAGUGGCAAUUCCAUAUGUUCAGGAAGGAAUCUAAAUUUGUUUCACACUGUAAUGUUCAUGUUUAAUUGCAAAGCAAAACAACAACUGCACGCACUUAUGGAAGUACGCAUUCAGCAAACUGCCGCAUCUGCCCUCGUAGUCUGUGCAUGCAAAAGAGUGAUAUAAAAGUUUGAUUGAAUUGUGCAAAUCAAGAAUGCAGUCAGCGGCAUUGUAUUAUUUUUUUGCAUUUAUGUGCAGUGGAAAUGACAAGCAUGUAUGAUGUACCUCUCUUGUGAUAUCUCCUCGAAUUCUUGUGCAAAUCUGGGACAUCUGCGCAAAACCCGCGUUGAGAGUGUCCUAGAGGCUUGCCCUUGAAUCCUCAUUUAGGGUGUUUUUUCAGGAUGAUUUUUGUGGAUGUUGUCCACUCUUCAGUGGCAUUGAACCCCUCCCCCCCCCCUUCACCUGUGGGGAGAAAAUGAAAAUAUUAUAAUGGAAUACAAAAGAAACAAUGAGUGGGUGACAUCAUCAGUCCCCACAUUUGCAUACCAACCAGGAUGUUCAUAUAACUGUUUUGGGAAAUAAAGCGAAACAUUAAAAUGUCAAUAACUUGAUUAUUUUACACCUGAUUUUGAUGAAAUUGACAUUGUUACACUUGUUGGAUUUUUCUCCCUUUAUUCAAAUUAACUUUUUCUUGGGGUUGACUUGUCCUUUAAAAUCAGGAUGAUGUUCUGCUUUUGAAGAGCAGACUUUAGAUAAAGAUGAGGCCUAUGGUUUGUUGCACAUUUAUUCAUGAACCAUUUCAUUUUCUCUAUUUUUUAUGAUCUAGUAUUCAAUUGACUGUUCUGUUCUCUAAAAGCUGUUCUUUUUUGUUUUAAUAGCAUACAUGUGUACUUACAUAGCCCAUGAAAAUAUUGUUGUCUUUUAAAGUGCACCAUGGCUGCCAAAAUGUAUUGCUCACCUGUAACUGUAACGUUCAGUUUUAUAUGCUAUGCAUACAAGUAAAGUCCAUGGCAGCUUGGUAUAUCAUGAGAAUAAAAUGCAAAACAUUGCUUGUUCUGCCAUCUUGUGAAGUAAAAGCCAUUUGUAAUGUUCUUUUUUUAUUACAUGAAUGACUGAUUUUGAAGGAUGAAAUGUUUUGAGAAUUCUGAUACGCUGAAUAGUAAAAAUCAAAUUGGUCGAUCAUUCAUAUUUUUAUGUGCUUCAUUGCACACUGUUUUUAUGUCAUUAUCCCUAAAUUUCAAAGAUUUGAUAUUUUCCAAAGCGGCUUUGAAUGCUGACCAGCCAAACUUUGGAUCGUUUAAGUCCUAAGAAAUCAAAUUCAAAUCUUGUUGCUUUGAAUUCAAAUCCAGAAGGUUUUAGAUAGAAUAAAUAGCUGUUGAUGCUAUGAACAUGAAAAUGUAUUGUUUCUUGUUAUUAUAUACCAGCAGUUAAAAGUAAAUACUAUUGCAAGACAAAUAUGAUUUAAAAAAAAUUAAUUGUAGCAUCAUUCUCAUGUAUGACCAUGCCAGACAGCUCUUUCAACUUCAAAAAAUCAUCAUCAUUAUAUGGUGCAUUUUUAUUAUCAAUCUUAUUUCAUAGGCUUCCGCACUCAUGGUUGAAUGUCCUUUUUUUUCAAAAUCAAGUGCUGAACUUAGCAGCUCAUCAUGACACCCACAUUUCAAAGAACCACUGAAUAAAUGCAACAUCGACACGAGACGGGGGCCGUAAAAUAAUUCAGUGAGGAAGAGGAUUACCUAAGAUUUGCGUAGUGAUUUUGAGCUCUGGAAGUGCCUCCUUAUUAGAUAUAGAGUCGUGUUUUAAUCAUUGAUCAGUCCAUCUUACUGCUUCCAAAUCGUGGCGAUAUCUCAAAAUAGAAUUUUCCCAGCAGACAAAACAGAAUGUAAAUUUAGAACACAUAUUUACAUUACACAGAGAUGUACAUGUCUUCCCUGUUUGGCGUUGGUUGGAUAACAUUUUAAUUUAUAAAGUACAUAUCUGCAGAUGUGAAAUGUUUAAAGAGUUAAUAAUAGUUGAUUAUGUGGAUGUGAUUUUAAUUGGAUUAAGACAGUGCUUGAAGUCCUUUCAGAAUGUGGUCAAUGAUUAGUGAAUGGCAGCUGAAUGAUAUAAUCUCUCUCACGUGCCCCAUUUGGCCCUUAUUUCAAUUCACCUCUUUAUUCCAGUAUUCCCAUUCCUUUCAAUCAAGUCCUUUAUAGACAAAAAUGUCUGAUUGAAUAUUUUGUACUUUUUGUCAUUUCUACAGACCGACAUCAUCACUAUGUUAGUUGAAUCAGGAGCCGACUUAGAUGCAAGGACUGGUAAUGACGAAACACCGUUAAGUAUUUGUGAAGAUGACGAGAUCAGGAGUUUAAUUCAGCAGCUGAAACAGGAGAUCCAAUCCAACCGCAUUAAACCCACAGGAGGCCUUGUCAGGAGAAGCUCUAGUCGAAAUAAGAGAGGGUCAUCAAUAAGGAGAAGCAGUAAACGGGAGAAGGGCGAGAUGAGGAAACUAGACGCUAAAGGAGAAGCAGCUUACAUGCAAUCAAAAACAGAGGAAUUAGAAAGCUCUUCCGAUGGCAGCCCAGUUACAAAUAUUGACGAUGUUAAAAUCUCAGAGGAAACAAACGGACACAUAGAACAAAGUGAGGAAGGGAACACUGAAAGCGAUGAAAACGGUGAGGGGGGUCGGGUUACACCAUUGCCUGUGAUAACGGAGGAACAUCCAGACCCCGAGAGUCCCAGGAACAAAAAGAAUAAUGGGGAUUUGGGUGGGGAUGCAACCCAGGAGAAUGGGAGGACCGACAAUGGGGACUUUGAUGAAACGGAAGGAGCCCAUAAAAAGCGGUUAGUGUCGAUCCUGAAGAAGCCGCGGUCGGAGGGCGAGGGCAUCAAGAGCCAGAAGAGCAAAAAGGAACAAAGGGAGGAGAAGGAGAAGAUCAAACGGGAGCAGAGGGAGAAGGAGAAGCAGGAGAAACAGAAGCUGAAGGAGGAGAAGGCACGGAAGAAGGAGGAGAUGAGGAAAAAGGAGGAAGAAAAGAAGAAGGAGGAUGCGGGACCUGCCGGCUCACAAGGGGACGGUAUGGAGAUGGAUGAUCAGUACUCGGGCAAAGGAGAGACGUUGGCUGAUCUGAAGAGGCAGAGGGCUAGUCAACAUGGCUCACCUGCAGCAGGCGGGGACAACAUUGCAGAACUAGAUUCUGAUUCAGCUCAGUCACCCAGUGGCAGUCGUAGUGUAAGAGACAGAAAGUGGGUUCGUUGUCGAAUCUGCUGACCGGCGAUAUGUGUGAUUUCCUCACGCAACCUGAAAGCAAACCCUCCACUACUUCCACUCAAGACCAACCCAAUGUCAAGUCCAACAAGGGACUACACAAGCUCCGCUUCUUUCGUCCCCCUACUACCUACGAGUUCAACAGCCCUGGCAACAUGGGCCAGAACGGUGAAGUCGCUCUCGACGACGGCUCUAAACCCUCCAACGUUUCCCACCCCGAGGGAGAAAUGAAGAGGUUUUCGGGAGGCGUUACAGAAGUGAUUGGCCCGGAUGACCAUAAUAGCAACUGCUGCGUCAUCAGUUAGAACUUUGUGGCUUUUAUAUGAAUUUAUAUUUUUAGAUAUUUUAUCUGUGGGGAAUACCUUUUUUUUUUAAAGAAAUAAGUUUUUACUGGAUUUGAUGGACAAAACCUUAUCAUUGAAUAGGGAUGAAAUUCUAUGAAUUCUGAGAAUCAUUUGAUACGUACAGUAUAUAGUAAGAAUCAGACUGUAAUUUGUUAAAUGGGUUCCAUGUAAAGUAAUAAUUGGAUUUUUUUAAUUACAAUUACGGUGCAUCUAUUUAUAUAAAAAAAUUAUAUAAUCAGAUCCCUUGAAUUCAAUGUCAUUUAUCAAUACAGUAUUUACUCAAAUUUAUUUCUAAAAUGAAAAAUAAAAUCCAGUUUGGUCGUAUUAACAUAAAGUUCAUGACCUUGGACUUUAAAUUGCACAUGGAAUGAUUAUGUCGACAAAAAAAAUUAUAUUUGGGAUUUAUUGAAAUGAAUGAAUCAACGACAUUCAAUCCUUCCGGACCAAAUGAAUGCUGGCUGCUCUGUCGAUCGAUCCUUGCAAACACAUUCGGUAAUGGUUUAAAUUGUAAUUCAUGUGCACGGUUUUUUGCUACAUUCCUAUCACAAUUCUUUCUACAUGCUUUUCUCUGUCUCGGUGAAGUUUGGAGGGAUAGAGAACUACAUACAUUUGGUGGAAGUAAAUCAACCAAGCACCUCUUCCAAUUACACUAGAUAGCGACGAUAACUAAUUUCACAAAAAGAACAAUAUACAUACACACACACACAGGUUUAGAAGUGCAUAUUUCAUCAUAAUUGUACAUGUAAUGAGACCAAAAGUCAUAUAGGAAACAGUUUUAAGAUAAAAAAUGAGGCAUUGCAUCGAGGAUGAAAUCUCUGCUUGAAUUUAUUGAUUAUUUAAAUUAAUUUUGGACAGUGACAAAAAUCAGAGGAUUGAAGACUUUGGUUCGACUUUGCCUGGAAAUAACAAAGUAUGAAUAUGUGAAUAAUAUCAAGAUUUUUAUUUUUCUGUUUAGUAUUAAGAGAUGGAGGUAAAUGGAGGAAAUAAUUAGGAAAUUCUCAAUAUAAUGGGUUUAUCCUACCAUAUUUUAAGAGAUGAGAGGUACAACAUGUUUUUCUUGUUAUCGCACAUCAUAUUUCCCCUUUAUUCUCCUCACCUGAUACAGUAUGAUAGUUCUCAAGAAGUCACCGAAACGAAUGAGGCAGAAUUGAUUUACGACACACACUUUUGAUCUUAAUAGUUAUCUCCAACUUCUGGAAUUUCUUCCCAAAUCCACAAAAUACUACUUUAGUGAAUGACUUGUAUCAUUAGAGAGAAAUCGGUCUGUAAAGGGACUGUUGCACCUAGACGUUUCAGCCAGCCUCGGCAGACAUACACAUGGCAAGUUAUUCUGGUAUCGAGAUCUUGCCAUUUGUGAAUGAAAUCUAAUUAUUUAUUGAAAUCUAAUUAUUUCUUAAUAACAAGAAGAAAUGGGACUAAUUGAUAUACCGCCUUGCCAUACAUAAAUCAAUGUAGGCUUGCUAAAAAUUUCAGGCAUACUCCAGCCCCUGAGGCAUAUGAAAGCAUUUAUUCUUCAUGUUGCUUUGUAGUCAGUCUUGCUUCUACGCCAAACUUAAAAUGCUUUUUCCAAGUUUGAGAAAUUUAAAGCCUGUAAAAUAUCCUUUUGAUACUAUGAAUAUGUCUUCCUAAAAUGACUACACUUUGCCAUUUCUCCAAAUGUUCAUUAUUCUUGGAUUAAAAAAAAAAGACUUGUGAAAUAUAUAUGUCGACUGUCGACUUUGCAUUUGGUGAUUGUAAAUGUUAGAUCCUUGGAACAGAGAGCCCGUCUUCAAUGACCAAUUCUCAAAUUAACUUUUUUUUACAUCCGAACGAACACAUAGAAAUUCAUAAAGAAGAUGCAAUUAAACGGCUGCUUUGUACAAUUCAUCUCAAAGUGUCAAAUCUAUAAACUCAAGUUCCAUUUUAUUCAUGAUGUAGCAUGCUGUAUCAUAUGAUUGGUAGUAGUCCAAUAUUUAGAUUAAGAAGCCCGCAGGGUUAGGUUUGUGAUGAUAGAUCGUGAUACCAGACCAUCGUAUGCAGCUGGAAAUCGUAGAUCUCCAAGCAUACUUGCCUCGUAGCUCAAGGACGCUUUACUCGUGGCUGAUGUAGAUAGAGAGGUUCAAACCCCUGCUAAACCAAUGGUUUAGAAUCUUGAGAGUUAAUAAACAUGGGCUGAUGAAGAACUACUCCGACCAAAUACAUGGCUCCUCUUUGAGCCAAAUUCAAUUCAAUCUUCAUUCCAAACAAAAAAGUCUGGGAUCUUUUUUAAUAUCUAUCUUCCUGUUUAUUUUUUACAUUCCACUAUCAAAAAAAAAUUGUAGACAUUUAUAUGUAUUUUUAUUUAAAGAUGUUGAAUAUAAAUCUUUAAACAAUUUAAAAACAAUUGAUUACUUAUUUUCAUGUUUUUAUAUUGGUAUUUCUAUUUUGAUGAUUUUUAGUUUAUUUCUGAAGAAUGGCAGAUGCAGGGUAAAUCAAUUGUCCCUAUAAAAGUUGUUCAGCUUGAAAAAAAAAUCUUGAAAUAUUGUUAUUGUAUUGUAAAAGUGAGGGAGCAAAACUUGUCAUCACUUGUAUUUAUCAUGCUGACCUAUUGGCUCACUUGAUCACGUGUAAUACUAAUUAUAAUUUAAUGAUGUCAUGUGAUUGGUCACAUGACCAAAGGUCAGGUGAUCUAGAAAGAAUCACCUAAUUUACUUGAUAACAGUAGUGGUAUGAUGACAUUAUUUUAUAUCUCCUGCUUCAAAAAAUUUAUUUAUCCUUGCAGAGUUGUAUUAAUGUGCUCUUUGAUGUUAUAAAAUGCCAGCAGGACUGGAUAAUGGUUUUGAAAAUAUAUGUUCUGUUCUAUGCUUCUAGUAAAUGUAUGUAUGAGUCAUCAAUUUUUGUUUUGUCUUAAAAAUACUUCAUAGGAUUUAUUAAAUUUUGAUCAAAUUUGAAUGAAAAAAAAGGGAUAAGAUUUUUGAGGAAUGCACUACAAAAAGAUUGUGGUGCAAAUUUCUACAGUUGAAAACGUUUCUGUGACAUUUUAUGUACAUUUUGUUUUGGUAGCCAGCAAGAAAUAUUUGAAGUUUGAAAUAUUCAAUAACCUGUUGAAGAAAUGUACUCCUUCAAAAUGGUGAUCAAAUUCUCUGUUUGUAAAUGAUAAAAAUAAAAGAAACUGUAACUAAGUGCAAUUAAACUUUUUAGAGAAAAAAUAUCUUAAAUCCUUAGGUAUGUUAUUUUUGUAUGUAUGAUGGACAUUCAUUUAU